CCUCCCAAGCAGAGCACUUGGCCAAGCAGAUGGAACCUAAUCGUCUCUACCCAAAGCAGGACCGGAAAAAAACGAUUGGCUGCGAUGGAAGUCAAAGUGUCAGUGGACGGCUUCCCGCGUUUGGUUUGUGGCGUUACGGACAAAACAACAUGCCAAGACGUGGUUACAGUGUUGGCUCAAGCCUUGGGCCAACCAGGACGCUACAUGCUACGCGAGUCCUUCAAAGACUUCGAGAGGUGCAUGGCGCCGGACGAGCGCCCCCUGGAGACGCUGAAGAAGUAUGGGGAACACGCCAAGGAGGUCCAGCUCACAUUGCUCCACAGCGGACCUUCGUUCGGUGAUGAAAUGAGCCGUGCCAAAGUGGGCCGACACCAGCCAUGCCCUCCGCUGCGGAGGAAGGAGGCCGGCACAAAGGUGUGGCGACGUAGCGGGUCGCUGAGUCUGCACCGGCAGAGUUUACCGCUAUCCUGCUUGAGGCGGGACACCGAGCAGGAACACGAGGACCUAAAAAGGCCCAAGAGAAAGUCCUUGACACUGAUGGAGGAGGCUUGGGAAUGGUUGGAGAGUCUGGGGAAAACACGGGUUUACAGCACCAGCAGCGAUAGGGACGGCGGCAAGAAGACUGAUAAAAAGAACCGAUCUUUUUUAAGCGUCACGCUGUCCACUGAGAACCGCCAAGUGAGAGGUCACAGAAACUUAAAGUCCGACUUGGAUCACCAAACAUCUUGCUGCUUGGGGACUCAGCAGACGGCCAAAGCAAGCAAGAAAACCUUCUCCAGCUCAAACAACGAAGAUGAGGUGAACCACCUAAGAGAGGUCAUCAUAAACCAGCUCGGUUACAUCCAAGACGUCCAGGUCCAGAUAGCUGGUUUGGACAGCGAGAUCUUAAAGCUGGAGCAACGAGCGCAAGUCAGAGAAGAUGAGCAGAAGCUGGCUAAAGACGAGAACGAACAGGUGAGGUUCUGGGAGAACGAAUUGAAGGCUGAAGAGGGAUUUGAGCGAGAUUUGCAGCGCCAGUUUCUUGACAUGAAGGUAAGAGUCGCAGACUGUAAGGUCAGAUUGGAGAACAAAAUGCACGAACUUGACUUCUGUGGAGCUCUCAAUGUCGACUCAGAGAACAAACGCUCUACAGACAGUCCAGCAACAGAAAACUGCCAUUGCCUGCCAUUUGAGAAGCAACUAGAUGUAAAUAUCAACAGGAAGUGGACGCCCAGAGGAAAUUUCAAUCCUCCUCCUCCUCCUCCUCCUCCCGGUCAGAUAAAAGAGCGGCGGCCCACUGGACCAGCAGAGCUCAGGGAGUGGUGGUCACGCUGGUCUGCAACCCGGAGCCCAAAAACUAACAUGAAGAAGACUGAGAUCCACCGCUCGGAGCUCACCAUUUAUUUGGCUAGCACCAAAGUCUAACGAAUGGACUCUUCCACUCCUGAACUACUGCACACAGAAGGGUGAAAAUUUAUCAAAACAUGCACCCCUACUGUAUUGCAUGUGCUAUUAUUUUACUGACAAAUACACCAAAUGGUGGUGCUGUUAUAAAACCCAUAAGUUGGAUGUACCUGAAAUUUGUCACAUUCAAUGUGCUCUACCAAAACACGCAUUGGAACUUUUUGGUGUUUAGUCGAAUAGGCAUGAAAUUUGGCACACACACACUUUUAGGGAACUGACAUGCACAAGUGCAUACAAUUUGAGCAGGAUUGGCUGAAAAACAUGGAUGCCUUCAAGCAAAACGUUUUUGCAGCUAAUUCCCGUACGUCAUUGACCAUUUAUCUAAAGAGUAUUUUCAGUCAUGUGAAAAAAUGAGGAAACCUUUUAGGGUGUAUGUAUUUCUGUGAUCUAGUGUAACUCUUCUCCUGUACCACUGCACAGAGAAAGGUGAACAUUUGUCAAAAGGUGCACCCCUACUGUGUCGCCAGUGCUAUUAUUUGUCUGCCAAAUGCACCACAUGGUAGCGCUGUUAUUAAACCUCAAAGUUUGACUGUGUUAACUGAUACACACAGGGUGUAAAAAGAAGCUGUAUGAUGUAUGAUGAUAAACCUACAAUAAAGUAAAAGUACUACCAAUCAAAGAGGCCAUUAGGUUUUUUUUGCCGUCACUAGUACACUUCUGUGGUGGAAUUUAAAAAAAAAAAAUCCAAAGAAAAAGAAACAAAAAAAAAAAACCCACCCUGUUGUGUUGACUUCAGAGGCAUAUUUUUCCAGAAAAUUCCAAAUUGUACCCCUUUUGGGGUGUUUGGAGGUUUCACGUGUAUGUUCCAAUAAAAACUAAAUCUAGAGCUGUACCUUUAUCCAGACUUGCACCACAAUGGUUACACGUUUGAUGAAUACUUUUCUGUUGUAAAAUAUGGAAACAUAGCUUAGGUACUUUAACUCUCAGAUUUGCUCCUUUGUAUGUUAUCGGUGCCAAAAAAAGUUUGAAAUGGUUAUUUUAUAUUUAUGUAUUAUACAAUACUUUUACAGGCAUGUGUUCAAUUUAUACAUUCAGUCAUAUACAGGAUGUCCCUUAAGUCUGGAGACAUUGGCAAAAAUGCACUAUUCAAACAAUUAUAUACCGAAUCUAUUAAUACAUUCAAUUAGUAUUAGCUUUUCUUUAUUAGUAUUAAUGCAUAUUUUGUUUUGUAAUGUAAUAAUUGUAAACAGUAUUACUGUAUACAUGUUACCGGUCAACCAGAGGAUGGAAAAAUGCUGGCUGUUGGCUGGCCCUGUGAAGCGAAUCUGAAAUCUGGUUCAAGAAGCAGCCCCAUUGCUAAUAGUGUUUAAGUGACAUGGGUCAGCAAUACUAGUUAUUAUGGCAGAUUACAGUGCAAUGGCAACACACUGAAAUUUGACUGGACAACCCCCCCCCCACCACCACCACCGCAUUUCCUCAGGGCUAAUUUUGUAUUGUUUAGUUAUGUGCGGAAAAACAAAAACAAAGUCCAAAUGAUUUUCAUAAAACUUUUAAUUUGUUUAUUCAUUCAAGACCAUUAACAAAAGUACAUCGGAACCUGUGUAUGUGGUUCAACUGAAACCCAGUAAUCUCUGCAGGUUAUUUUCACCAGUAAAUUGUAAUGUGCAGAGACACCAAGUCAAAACACUGGCAUCCAAAUCUUCUUUAUGUUGUCUUAUUUUUAACUUAGUCUCUAAUACCUUACUUUUCUCUACCCCCAUUAAGUUAAAUUUGUUCUCUUAUAUAUGAAGUCUGACUUUUACUAAGGAAAAAAAAAGCACACAUUACAUACAGUAUAAUUCAACCCACAGGUUUGGGAUGCAUAUCAUUGUCAUCUAUUAGAUAAGAAAGCCAUCCUAAGAUUGUUCUUUAUGUUGGCGACUGGCUGGGAACCUAACUAGAUUUUUUUCUUUUUUUCAUAUCUUUUUUAUGCUCCCCUUCAUCCCCCUUUCAUUUUGCUUUAAGUUUUUUUUUUAGGCACCUUGUUAUUCAAUGAGUCUUAAUGGAAAAAAAAAAAAAGUAUAAAAAGAAUUACAGAUAUAAGAUGCCACAAGGAAUUCUGCACCUGGGACAAAUUGCUUUUGUGGAGCUUGUGAAUACCAAAAAAAGUAUCUUAUAAAGCUCCAGGUAGGUAAAAGUAAAUUCCUGACACACACACACACACACACACACACACACACACACACACACACACACACACAGACCAUGCUUUCAAAAUGCUGUUAAGUAAAGCAUUUUCAAAACUGCUCAAAAAAAUGAGCAGAAGAACAAGAAAUCGGUUGAAGCUUGCACGUAUGAGAAAUAUGAUCCUCCUUAUGGA